UUCUCUGAAUUCCCUUCUGAAAAACGCAUUCUUUUGAGGUUUCUUUUAGCACCCUUCUCUUCUCCCAACCAUGGAAGCCCACGGCCACCGACCGAUGAAACGACCUGAGCCUUCCCACUCCGGCCAGCUCCCGGUGGACCCGAGCGGCAGGGCCACCGCGUUCCGCCCCUUCUCAGCGCCGACCUCCCCCCACAUGCGCGCCUUCCACCUCGCGUGGCUCUCCCUCUUCUCCUGCUUCUUCGCCACCUUCUCCAUCCCCCCACUCCUCCCCGUCAUCCGCCACGACCUCCGCCUCACCCCGUCCGACGUCGGCGCCGCAGGCGUCGCCUCCUUCGCCGGCGCCAUCCUCUCCCGCCUCGCCAUGGGCCCCGCCUGCGACCUCGUGGGGCCCCGCGUCGCCUCCGCGGUGCUCUCCCUCCUCACCGCGCCCGCGGUCCUUGCGGCCGCCCUUGUCACCACCCCGGCGGGCUUCAUCGCAGUGCGGUUCUUCGUCGGGUUCUCGCUGGCCAACUUCGUGGCAAACCAGUUCUGGAUGAGCUCCAUGUUCGCCGCGGAGGUCGUCGGCCUCGCCAAUGGAGUCGCUGCUGGGUGGGCCAACGUGGGUUCAGGGCUGACUCAGCUGGUGAUGCCACUCAUCUACGCCUCCCUAAUGAAGGACCUCCGCCUGUCAUCGUCCUUGGCAUGGCGGCUCUCGUUCAUCGUACCGGCGAUAUUCCAAAUCGCUACCGCAAUCAUGGUCUUAGCAUUUGGCCAAGACUUGCCAAACGGUAACUACAAACGUAACAACGAUUACAGAAAAAAGAAAAACCAAAACAACGGGAACAUUAAGAGCUCAGAAGAGGGCUUGUUCGACGUUCUCAUGCACGGCUUGAGGAAUUACAGAGGGUGGAUCCUCGGCCUGACGUACGGAUAUUGCUUCGGGGUCGAGCUGACGACGGACAACAUACUGGCGCAGUACUUCUACGACCGGUUCGGGGUGAGGCUGGAGGUGGCAGGGCUGAUCGCAGCGUGCUUCGGGGCGGCGAACUGCGUGACGAGGCCGGCGGGAGGGGUGGCCUCCGACAUCCUGGGGCGGAGGUUCGGGAUGAGGGGGCGGCUGUGGGGGCUGUGGGGGGUGCAGACGGCAGCGGGGCUGCUGUGCGUGUGGCUCGGGCGGGUCGGGUCACUAUGGGGCUCCAUCGCGGUCAUGUGUUGCUUCGGCGCGCUCGUCCAGGCCGCCGCUGGGCUCACGUUCGGCGUGGUCCCUUUCGUCUCCAAACGGUCGCUCGGAGUGAUCUCGGGAAUGACGGGGAGCGGGGGGACGGUGGGGGCAGUCGUGACGCAACUGCUCCUGUUCUCGGGCUCCGGCAUGUCGAGGCAGACGAGCAUAUCGCUGAUGGGCCUCUUGAUGCUUGUCUGCACCCUCCCCGUCGCCCUCAUCUACUUCCCGCGGUGGGGCGGCAUGUUCUGUGGUCCGUCCGAUGAUCUGGAUGCGGACGAGGAUGAUUACUGGUUGUUGGACUGAGACAGGGCGAUCGCCAGCGGAUCGACGAGCCAAUAAAGCCUGUUGCUGUCAUUCACUCUGUGGGGAAUCGAAUGGGGACGAGGGCUCAUGAUCAGUCAUGGCUGGUGCAGAGGUACUGGACUGAACAGAGAGAGCUCAAACCAAUGCAAUAUAAAAAGCUAAGUC